UUCGUCAUCCCGGUAUCUCGCGGAAGAGCUAUCAUGGCGGCCGGGUCCCUCUGUCUGUUCAGGACCGUCAUAGUGCUGACGGCGAUGUUUCAGUUCCCUUCACGUUCGUGGGCUUCGGAAACGACCGGCGGAGGUGGCGGGGAUGCUCUUGGCGUCGGUGAGCGGUUUAAGAUCGAGGGUCGUGCGGUGGUGCCAGGGGUGAAGCCCCAAGACUGGAUUGCGGGCGCCCGAGUGCUGGUGGACGGGGAGGAGCACGUCGGCUUCCUCAAGACAGAUGGAAGCUUUGUGGUUCAUGAUAUUCCUUCUGGAUCAUACGUAGUUGAAGUUAUAUCUCCAGCUUAUAAAUUUGAACCAGUACGAGUAGACAUUACUUCAAGAGGGAAAAUGAGAGCAAGAUAUGUGAACUACAUCAAAACAUCAGAAGUUGUCCGAUUGCCAUAUCCUCUUCAAAUGAAAUCUUCUGGGCCUCCUUCAUAUUUUAUAAAGAGAGAGUCUUGGGGAUGGACAGACUUUUUAAUGAAUCCCAUGGUUAUGAUGAUGAUCCUUCCAUUGCUAAUCUUUGUCUUAUUACCUAAAGUUGUCAAUACCAGUGAUCCUGAUAUGAGGCGGGAAAUGGAGCAAUCCAUGAAUAUGUUGAAUUCUAACCAUGAGCUGCCAGAUGUGUCAGAGUUCAUGACAAGACUUUUCUCUUCAAAAUCUUCUAGCAAGUCUACUGGCAGUAGCAGUAAGACAGGGAAAAGUGGUGCAGGAAAAAGGAGGUAGUUGUUUCUUUUCCUGGAACCACAGUUUGCACAGCUCUGUGAUGUGGUGUCAUCUGGAUGUUCUGUGAAAGGACAGAAAGCCACUACUGUAACCUUAAUUCAGUACGAAUUUGGAGAGGAUGCAACUGUAGCUUUUUAAUCUAUUUAAGUAUCUUGUUCUUGAAAUACAUGGGAGCAUCACUUCGGUUCUAAAACUCUGUAAGGUCAGUACUGAUGAUAAGUUAACUCCUUUGUAGAGAAUGACAUUAAAGAAUUUAAAUUAUGUGCAAUAUAUUAAUGAUUCAUAAACAAUACAUAACUGUAAAUAAUUUGAUUUUAAGAAAUAGAAAGCAUUCUUUAAUAAUGGCAUUCUUUAGUGUAUAGUGUAUAAUUGUACAUUUCUUAAUAUUCAGCACAAUGAAUUACUACGCUUUUUCUGGAAGAAGUGGUUUUUUUUUUAAUCAGUUGCAGAUGUUUUGUUGCAGCAUCUUAACUUAAUUUCCUAUUUGAUCUAUUCCCAAGUUGCCGUGGCAAUUUUUUCUAUGGAAUGCUUUGAAAUUUCUCAUCAUUUAAGCCUUUUUAGGAAGAGCCCUCAGUGAUAAAGUAAACCCAUGUUUACCUCUAUUAAUCUCAGUUUUAAAAAGAAGGAUUUCCUGGGCUACGUUAAAAACAGUAAUACAGUUCUGUGCUGGUAUAACUAAAGAGAGCCAAUUGCCUGAGACAUAGUUGUCUUACUACAAACUUGUAAUACAAGGCUAAUUGGGAUAGGUUUUCAUGUUACUAACAUCUGAAGAACAGAGAUACACUUGAAUAGCAAUUAUGCAUUGAUUAAUAGAGUGCAAUAUUAAUACAGAGCGGAUUUGUUUUACGAUUAGAGUUUAACUCUCUCCCUGUUCUCUACAAAAUAACUCAGAUAGCUGACCUAGAAGCCUAUAUCUAUUGUAUGAUUUUAUAGUGAAGACUAGAGAAAGUUUCAGGAAGAACAGUGAUGCCUAGUUUGUAUCUGAGAGAAAGAAUUUAUUCUACUUUUAAGUUUUACUGGUAGCUGUACUGCCUGGCAAUUAGACAUAAUGACUCAGAGCCAAAAGCCACUGGUUUGCCACAGAAACACCCUUGAGCAUAGAGUUAAGUAGACAUAGCUAAAAUAUUAGGACAUACCCCUUUUAUCUUGAUUCCAAUUCCAGUAUCUCUAAGCUUUAAUAUUUUUCAGCCACAGGAAAGAAUACAUGGGAGGUAUUAUUUUGCUAAGAAUAGAACUUACUGAAUGUAUGUCAAUGGGACAGUGCAGAAACAAAGGCAGAUGGGAGCUCAGCUCAGUCUCGAAUCCAAUUUCCUCAUUUCAGAGAGAAAUUUGGAAUAAAGUCAUAUGGUGAGGAGAUUUUUUUUAAAAUCCCAAACGUGUGUUAAAUACAAAAGUACAUCAUGGCAGUUUACAUCAUUUGGUCAUGGUGUUGCAAAAUUAAUAUAUAACUGUCUCCUCCAAAAUAUUUUAUAUGUGGUUGACUUGUCUAUUAUUUCAGGGGGGAAUGACUGGAUGGAAAUUUGGUCUCUUGCACCCAAAAUCUGUAGUUUGUUAAAUUGAGAUUUCACAUAAUUAAACACUUGUACUUCUUUCAGGGCUGAAAA